AUGGAGGAUCCGAUGUCAGAAAUGUCCAUGAUACCAUUUGCAUCACCAACAGAGUCUUCCAGGAGCAACUCCACGGAUGACAGUCAAGAUGGUAAAAGCCCUGCUCCCGGCAAGAUCCUGAACUCGGGACUUCUCUGUAAAGUGUGUUCUGACACCAGCAGUGGGAAACACUAUGGGAUAUAUGCUUGCAAUGGUUGCAGUGGCUUUUUCAAGCGCAGUGUGAGGCGCAGACUCAUCUACAGAUGUCAAGCUGGUACAGGCAUGUGUCCCGUGGACAAAGCCCAUCGGAAUCAGUGCCAGGCCUGUCGCUUAAAGAAAUGCCUUCAAGCUGGCAUGAACAAGGAUGCUGUUCAGAAUGAGCGUCAGCCCCGCAGCACCGCUCAGGUCAGGUUAGAUGCACUGGAUAUGGACAAGGACAAGGAGCACCUCGCCACCACCCUGGAGCCCACCUCCUCGUCUACCUGCUCUGUGAUCAACCGCCCGCUGCUGGGCUCCUCCAUCAGCUCCAGCAUCAGCUCCUCAGAUACUAGCCAGCGCUCCAACAGCCCCAAGAACGGACAUCGCUUCAUGGCCAGCCUGAUGACGGCCGAGACCUGCGCCAAGCUGGAACCAGAAGAUGUGGAUGAGAACAUCGAUGUGACAAGUAAUGAACCUGAGAGAAGUUCUCCGGAGUACGGCAGUGCUCUCUACCCCUCACGUGGACCAGAGAGUGUAUAUGAAACCUCAGCCCGCCUGCUCUUCAUGUCUGUUAAAUGGGCAAAGAACUUGCCGGUGUUUUCCCAUCUACCAUUCAGAGACCAGGUGAUCUUACUUGAGGAAGCAUGGAGCGAGCUGUUUCUUCUGUGUGCAAUUCAGUGGUCACUACCUCUGGACAACUGCCCCCUGCUGUCUCUGCCGGAUCUCUCACCCCCGGGACAAGGCAAGGGAAGCCCCUCAGCCUCAGACAUGAGGGUUCUGCAAGAAGUGUUUAGCCGCUUCAAGCCUCUGCAAGUGGAUCCGACUGAGUUUGCAUGCUUGAAAGCCAUUGUUUUGUUUAAACCAGAAACACGAGGACUUAAAGACCCAGAACAGGUGGAGAACCUACAAGAUCAGUCCCAAGUGCUGCUAGCUCAACAUAUGCACACUCUUUACCCCAGUCAAGUUGCCAGGUUUGGCAGACUAUUGCUUCUGCUUCCAUCGCUUCACUUUGUGAGUUCGGAAAGAAUCGAGCAACUUUUCUUCCAGAGAACCAUCGGAAACACACCCAUGGAGAAACUACUGUGUGACAUGUUCAAAAACUGA